CCUGGCCUUCAGUGAUCCUUCCAUCUCAGCUUCCCAAAGUGCUGGGAUUGCAGGGAUGAGCCACUUUGCCUGGCCUGGACUAAGUUUUAUAAGAGAAUUUUGGUGGGCAGGGGGCUUGGGAAUUGGCAUAAUUAAUUGGCUGGGUGAGAAUGUGUGAAAAGUACAGGGAUGUAAGAACGGCAUUUCUGAACUGAGUCAGUUCUUUGGCAGGGAUCACAGGACCACCUGUCCCAUUGGAAUGCAGUGUCUGGGAAAUAUCUUAAAAACAGUCUUAGAUUGGAGAUUUUAUCUGUAAGAGCGAUUAUGGGAAGUUAUGGGACUUUGUGACAAAAGGCUAUACGACUCAAGCGGUAAACAGAAGGGAGUGGGCUCUGGGGCAAAGGCUGGUUAAUGUUUAGCUGUUUUUCUUCAAGACUUAUGUCCUUGUUAAAAUCCCAGCAUCUUGCUUUGAAUUAAUAUUAUGAGGAUGGUUUCAGGAGGAAGCUCAGAGACAGCAAUAGGAAAAACUUAGAACUAGAGCCAGGAAAAAUCGACAUUCUGCCACUUACUAUUUGGCCAGUUCCACCGAGUCCUGUACUAUUAGAUUUUUCUUUUUCUUGAAAACACCUGAUACAUUUUCUUCCAGUCAAUUAAUUUGGGAAGGAAAAUGUGCAUUGCUAUCUUAAUGGAAAACUAACAUUACUGGCCAUAAAAGGAAGGAAAACUUAACCUAAAAUGCAAUGGAAACAGAACAGUCUAUUAAAUUAUAGACAGAAAUGGAAAGAGAAUUGAAGAGAGAAUAACUUGUACUAUGUGAUCCCAUGUUGUAAGAUCCUAUGGACUCCAUCAAGUUGUCUUAUACUCAGUUCCCAACUCAAACUUUGCAUACCAAUGACACUAGGUCAUUGACUGUCCCACCCUGUCCCUCAGUGAAGGUUUAUUUGUUUUGUUUAAUGCAGGAGCAUUGUUCUAAGGGCUUUGAGUUUAUUAACUCAUUUAAUCUCUAUUACAGCUUUAUUAGUACUCUUAUUCUCAUUGUACAGGUGAGAGAAGUGCGAUCAGCAAGGUUAAGCCACUUGUCCAGAGUCAGGAUUAGGAAGUGGUGAAAUUGGGAUUUGGAUCUCAGUCUUCUAAGGGCCUAGCACAUAGAGUCUGGUACAUGGUAAUUACCUGAGUUUUGGGAACUGUCAUUUUUUAAAUGACUAUUUUGUUAAAGUUUUCAUUAUUCAGAAAGUCAGUGCUUUUAAGAUUGCGGAGAGAGGAAACUGAGUUCAACAAGGAAUUCUGUAGUAGUAGCGGGAGAAUACCAAUACUUACAGGAUUCUGGUGAGCAUUAACCUGGACUUUGCAAAGACAGGCCACUGUGCCUGGCUUGUAGUAAUCCCCUGACGGGCACUAACCAUAGCUAAUGGGCUGACUUGGGCUCAAGUCCUGACCCCGCCAUUACUUGCUGAAUAACCUUGGUCUUGCCACUCUAAUCUGUAACAUGGGACUCAUUUUUACUUUUUUCCUAGGGUGGUUGUUCUUGGCACUUAGUAAACACUCAACAGGAAUGACUACAUGGGCAUUGGAAUCAGGGAGAACUCGUUUUUGAAUCCCAGUAAGCCCUCACAGCAGUCCUCCAAGGCUCCAGGGAGCAGCGUCAGGGCCAAGGAGACAAUGGUCUCCGUGACUAUGGCUACUUCCGAGUGGAUCCAGUUCUUUAAGGAAGCCGGCAUUCCUCCAGGACCUGCUGUCAAUUACGCUGUGAUGUUUGUGGACAAUAGGAUUCAGAAGAGCAUGCUGCUGGAUCUCAACAAGGAAAUCAUGAAUGAGCUGGGCGUGACCGUGGUGGGCGACAUCAUUGCCAUUCUCAAGCAUGCCAAGGUGGUGCACCGCCAGGACAUGUGCAAAGCUGCCACUGAGUCAGUGCCCUGCAGCCCCAGCCCCCUCCCAGGUGACAUUCGCCGUGGCACCUCUAGUGCCGCCUCCCGAAUGAUCACCAACAGCCUGAACCGAGACUCCCCACCUGGCACUCCCCCUAGGCGGCCAGACACCAGCACGUCCAAGAUCUCAGUCACUGUGUCCAACAAGAUGGCAGCAAAGAGUGCCAAGGCCGCAGCGCUAGCCCGCCGGGAAGAGGAGAGCCUGGCUGUUCCCGCGAAGCGGCGCCGGGUCACUGCUGAGAUGGAGGGGAAAUACAUCAUCAACAUGCCCAAAGGCACCACCCCCCGGACCCGCAAGAUCCUGGAGCAGCAGCAGGCAGCAAAAGGUCUCCACAGGACAUCCGUGUUUGACCGCCUCGGCGCGGAGACCAAGGCAGACACGACGACAGGGAGUAAGCCCACAGGAGUCUUUAGUCGCCUGGGGGCCACCCCAGAGAUGGAUGAGGAUCUGGCCUGGGACAGUGACAACGACAGCAGCAGCUCUGUCUUGCAGUAUGCUGGGGUCCUGAAGAAGCUGGGACGGGGCCCAGCCAAGGCCAGUCCCAAGCCGGCACUGACUGUCAAAGCCAAGGCCACAAGCUCAGCGACAACGGCCACUGCCCCGACACUGCGGCGCCUGGCGCUUUCCUCACGCCCUGGGCUUGAGAGGAAACCGGAGGAGUCCCUGUCCAAAGUCAGCAUCAUCCAGAGACUGGGCAAGGCCGCCCUUGUGCCUGAGGCCCAGGACAGCCAGGUCACGAGCACCAAGAAGAUCUGGGAGCCUGAGGCAGUAAGAAAUCUUCCCUGUGGCCAGAGUGUUGCCAGGGAUGCCAGGAUCCUGCAGCUGCGGCAGCCUGGAGCAAACAGUGUCCCAGCAAGUGAAGGAUGCCCCACACUGGGCACCAGAAGCUGUAGGGGAGUCAAAAAUGGCUUCCCUCCACCCUUCUAGGUUCUUUGCCUGGGCUCCAAACUAGAUCGACACAAGGUAGAUUAACAGGAGGGAAAAAAAGCCAUUUUGAUUGCGUACAUACACAUGGAGUCCACAAAAUGUGAGAUUCAAAGAAGGGUCAGAUGAUUGAAGCUUAUAUAGCAUCCUGAGUUGCAGGAAGGAAUAGGGGCCUGGCUGGGGCUUCUGGGAGGUGGUGGCCACAUCAGUUGUGGGAGGGCAAGGGGAGAAACUGUAUGGUGAAGGGGUCUUAUUGUGCAGCUUGAAAGUCAGGUAAGAAAAGUUGUCUUGGAGCAGCUGUCAGAAGAAUAGGUGACUGUCUGGGCAUGGUGUCAACUUCCACUGUCCUCUCCUGUAAUCUGAGUUCAUCUUCCCUGGUUGAGAAGAUUCCUACAGAGGGGACUCAUGACAGUUGUGUUCCUUUUGGAGGAUCCAUAUUUAAGCAGAUAAAAGAAGUUCAGAGAAAGCCCUCCCUGCAUUUGCUAUUCCCCUGCGUGCCCUCAGUUUGAAGUAAUCAGCAUACCAUAGUGGCAUAUUUUGGGGUAGCAUUUCCUGAACUCUCACAGGCAUUCUUUUAGGGACAGGGAAUACAGAGGUGCCCAAGACAAGAUCUUUAUCCUCACAAGCAAAUUCAUAUUCAGGUUUUGGAGAAGACAGUUACAAAAUAAACAAUGAAAAUAUCUUUAAGUAUUAAGUUCUAGGUAGGGAAUACAAAUGUGCUAAACAGAUAGUGACAGCAUGGCUCUUUGGGACUCGGGGUGGCCAGGGAAAGCUCCAAAGAGGUGAGAUUUGAACUGAGUUGUGAAAGGGAAGGAGGAGCCUGUCCUGUGAAGAUCAGGAUAGGGACAGGAAGAGUCCAGGCAGAAGGAAUAGCAAGUGCUAAUGCACUGAGGCUUGUCUUUAUGGAGGGACAGAGAGAUUAGUGUCCUGGAACAUGGGCCAAGGACAAAAGUAGCUCAAGAUGAAGUUAGAAAGACAGGCAGGGACAGCUCACAUAGGGCCAUGAAGGCCAUGGUAAGGCCUCUGGCUUUUAUUCCACAUGGAAUGGGAAAGCAUCUUUGUGUUGGAGGCAGAUUAAUAUGGUGUUUGAUCUUAUGAGUGUAGAAAAAACUUUAUUCCAAGGUACGUUAGUCUAGCCACUUAAACGUUUUGAGAAUCUCUGCUGUAUUAGAAAAUUAAAUGUGCAUGGUGUCUUCUAUUAAACUUUUUUUAUAGAGUUGGAAACAUAUUUUAUAAAAAAAUUGGAACCAACAUUUGCAGAUUCCCUGAGGCUUAUCUGUACUGCUGCCAAACAUAACAUUACUCUAAAAGGAUCUUCCCAAAACAGUAGCAUCUUUGUUGGGGGGUGGGGGGUGGCUUAGUAACUUCUGGCUGGGGAAUCAAAGAUAUUAUUUCAACAUUUCUUUAUAACAUGAGAGAAACCCUUUUAAAUAAAAAAUAAAAAUGAUUUCUUUAAUUGUUCCAGACUUUUUUGAGAACUUGAUCAAUGCUGCAGACUUUCUUCCUUUAAGACACAGUACUUAGGAUGAGAGAAAGGGGAUCCUGAUUCUUCCUGCCCACACAGAAGGGAGGGUUUUUCUCCAUGGACUCCUCCAUCACCACCAGGAAUAGACCCCUAGACCUUGUAGGGAUGGAGUAAAAGCUGUCCCAUUUGGAGCUGUGAGGAGAUUCUUUGUGGCUGGUUCCUACAGCUUGUCUAGUCGCCACCAAGAACCCAAUCUGUGUGAGAAGGGUUGAAAUGGACUCCAGAGUCUGAUUUCUGCUCCCUGGAGACAGAAAAGGGCUUUGAAGAGAUAUCCUCCUCAUCCCUCAGGGCAGGAUCCUUAAAUUAUUUUUUUCUUGAAUUAUUUGGCCUUUGAGCAACUUCUGAUGAGAAUUUAUUGGCCCACUCUCCCCAGAAAAGUACAUGUGCAGCCCAUAUUUAUAAUUAUGGGUAGGGAGUGCAUGGAAUAGAUUAGAGGGAAGAGAAUGAUUUGGGGUUGUAGGGAAUU